UUGGGAAGGGGGGGGGGGGAAUCUGUAGCGGUCUGGUGGUUCUGUACUGCAAGUCGGAAGAACUAGCUAGUGCUGCUUAAUGAUACAAUGUCACUGCAAAGGUGUCAAACUGAAUGGGAAGAAAUUGACCAAGAAUAUCAACAAUUACAGGAAACUCACAAAUUGUACAGACAGAAGCUCGAAGAGCUUACCAACCUCCAAACGACAUGCAGCAGUUCCAUUUGUAAACAGAGGAAGGGUCUGAACGACCUCAGGCACAGCCUGCACCAGUGUACAAAAACAAGCAAUGAAAAAGAAAUUGAACUGAUCAAUGACAUCCAAAUGCAAAUGAAAGAAAAAGAAAAUGUUUUCUUUGAUAUGGAAGCCUAUUUGCCAAAGAAGAACGGAUUGUAUUUAAAUUUGGUCCUGGGCAAUGUGAAUGUAACACUUCUCAGCAACCAGGCAAAAUUUGCCUACAAAGACGAAUAUGAGAAAUUCAAGCUUUUUAUGACAAUAAUCUUGAUGUUUGGUGCCAUAACCUGUCUCUUCUUGCUCAAUUACCGUGUUACAGAUGAAAUCUUUAACUUCUUGCUGGUUUGGUACUACUGUACAUUGACCAUAAGGGAAAGCAUCCUAAUGAGCAAUGGGUCCAGGAUCAAAGGCUGGUGGGUCUCCCAUCAUUAUGUUUCCACCUUUCUAUCAGGUGUAAUGCUUACCUGGCCAGAGGGGUCCAUGUAUCAGAUGUUCAGAAGCCAAUUCCUUGCCUUCUCCAUUUAUCAGAGCUUUGUGCAGUUUCUUCAGUAUUACUACCAAAGUGGCUGUUUGUACAGGUUACGAGCUUUAGGGGAGAGAAAUCAAUUGGACCUUACAGUGGAGGGGUUUCAGUCAUGGAUGUGGAGAGGCCUCACCUUCCUCCUGCCGUUCCUGUUCUUUGGCCAUUUCUGGCAGCUAUACAAUGCUAUGACCCUGUUUCGGCUGGCAGGACAUGAAGACUGUAAAGAGUGGCAGGUGUUUAUGUUGGGGCUGACCUUUCUUGUGCUAUUUCUGGGGAAUUUUCUGACCACGUUAAAAGUUGUUCACCAGAAGGUCCAGGAAAAACCAGAGAAAGUGCAGAAGCAGGAGUGAGGAAAUGGAACUUCGGACUGCCAAGAUGCCAGUAACCAUGAGGCAAAAUGGCACUUUGAUACGCACAAUCGGUGGGAAUAUGGACUGCGGAGGGUUUGUGCCAGGGAGAACGUAGCUAACAGACCAUCGGGUGUCUUGGGCUUUGAAGAAAGCUGUAACAUUAAUCAAUAACCUUGGCUGAAUGUGCUUUCGUUUAGCUUGUCGUUGUUCUUGCUACACAUGCAGUCACAACACAAAGUGGUUUCUUUGGGCAGAUGAACGGCUGCAGUCCUGGACCGUCUGAGGCUUGACCCUGUAGAUUUACAGUAAUUGGACUGACCGUUUCAUUAUGUUGACGAUGGCAUUUUAGGUUGGAUCAUGAACAACGUGUACAGAGAGCCAUUCUUCAAACUAUAUGCAACAACAAACAUGUAGCGUUUAAGUUGUGAGAAAAGGUUAGUUUACGUAAGUAUAUCUACUGUCAGUACUUUCUACAGCUGUUGUCAGUAUGACAUUUUGAAUAGAUCCAGGGCACAGCCAUGUUUUUCACAGUUAUUAGCAACUACAAGUGUCUGUCAUUUGUCAUUUUUCAGUACAGAUGCAUUGAACUAUAUUUCUGCCAGGGGAGGAUAACGACAUGUUGCUGCAGGUCUGAAUAACAUCAAGUAAAGCCUGUAUCUCAAUUCAGCAAGGUACCUGCCAUGACUAAGACUGUAAAAAUGUACCAACUUUAAAAGCAGUAGGUUACUGUCAUUGUGAAGGGGUUGAUUUGGCAACCAAACAUGACAGCCGUUCUAUUUUUCCAUAAUGAAUAUUAUUACAUACUAAUGAUAAUGCUAAAAUCACUGUAAGGGUUUCUUUCCCUCCUGUGAUGUUCUGCACUGUGUUAAUGAGUGCCUGGUGUUGCAACUUCUCAAACAGUAGAUUCAGCACGAGUAAAAAAAAGUAUCUGAAAACUCCAGCGAUUUAGUUGAAAACGAACCCUUUUAAUUAAUGAUUCUUUUGAGAUAUUUGUCCAAUUCAGGUUGUGAAGAAGGUGCUGGUUGUUGGUGUUGACCUUGGUCACCGUACACUUUAAAGCUCAACAACAAACAAUUGCUGCUAUGUUUUUGAGCACCAGUACUGUGAACAAAUAAUGGGAAAUAAUGUAUUGCACACAAAAGUGCUGGAAUAGUGUAGCUAUAUAAGCCUGCUGACCUGCACCAAGUGUAUUGGAAUGUGUCAUCUCUAAACCAUGGCCAAAUCUUAAGAGCUUUUGUACCUAUUUUCAGCAUUUGAUUUUGAACUGUAGUAUUGGAUGUGCAUUUUGAACAAAUGGUUUGGUCUGAACAAUUUUAGUUCAGGGCUCUCUAAUGCCUUAUCUUUCCCUGUAGCUGGAUGUGUGAGUUUGUUCCAAUUGAAAUCAGUUGUUCUGUUAUUGACAAAAUGUAAGGUCUUAGACAAUAGUAUUGUUUUCAUAAAAAAAAGGCUUUUAGUCUUGGAAGGAACCACUAUUUUGUAAUACCUGUAAAAGCUGAAGCAUGUUAUUGAUCACUGGACAAAUGUUACAUUCAGUUUAUAAUGUUAACCCUGCCACAAUGCACUACACUGGAGAUCCUAUUUCCUCAUGUAUUGUUCUAUUGGUUUCAUGUUAUGGGUGGUUCCAUCGUAUGUCUGGAAGAAGCGGUGUAACAAGAAACUAUGGACAAAGUUGAUUGAUUCUGUCUCGCUGCAUUUUUUCGCUUAGUGUACAUUACUAUAAGAAAAAUAAAACACCUGAUUUAA